AUGUUGAACAUAAACUUACUUUCAAUUGUUUUCUUUUGGGCCUAUUCUUUUCUAUCUAUUUGUCUUGCUGAAGAAAAUCCACAUGGAUUUGACCUAAGGUCUUUACAACAAAUAGACCCAUCGGAGACCAAUGGGUUGAGUCUUUGUUCAGCCCAACUUGAGGAGCCGAGAGAUGGUUUAAAGGCAAGAUUUUACAGAUAUGUCUAUGCUGAAGAUACUCCAAAUAUUUUAGAUGAAAAUUUUUUAGACCAUGAAUAUUACAUGGGUAACAGAUACUUAGGAGAAGUUGGUGGUGUUUAUGACACAAACUUUUUCUAUUUCUAUGGAACCAUAAGCGGUGCUAUUACUGAGGGUGAAAUCAAUGGUUUCAGCUUGACUAUUUCUAAUUUUUCUGUUGAAUAUAGUGGUUGGUUUGUUCCAAAGACAUCUGGUAUAUACACAUUUCAAAUUGGGCAAACAGAUGACGGAUCAUUAUUUCAGAUGUUUGGUAGUACUGACUAUUUUUGCUGUUCAGAUACUGAAACACAAAAUUUCACAUUAUAUUCUAUUCAAUAUUAUGACAAUACUGAUGUUCAAACUGCUACCAUGGACAUGAUCGCUGGUGAAUCAUAUCCCUUCCGUAUUGUAUUUUUCAACAGGGACGCAGUUGCUAUCCAAACCAUUAGCUUCAUUGACCCAGAAGGAGUAGUGCAUAAAGAUUUCACUGGAUAUGCAAAAUACUACAACAAUGUAAUUUGCCCUGUGUUUGACGACGAUACCUAUAUUCCACCACAACCAAUUGAACCAUCUGAGUCCACGGCAGUUACCCAAGUUGAAACAGUGACAGCAACAUUCACCGUGUCACAGGAUGCAUCAACAGUGACUACCACAGAGGUAGUUACUUCACUAAAUCAAACUCAAGGUGUCACAAUUACCGAAACAAUUACUUUCUCGGCCGAGGCAUCAACCAUCCAAAUAACCGAGACAAUUCAAGUUCCAACAGUAACUAGUUUAUUAACAGUAACCGAUAUUGUUACACUAGAUGGGCAAUCUACUACACUGGCAGAUGUUAUAACUUUAGAACCAGAAAGUUCAGUCACCGCUGCUACAUCAGAACCGGUAAACUAUACUAGCCAAGACGUCGCUACUACAUUUACGUCAUUUCUUACCGAGACAAUUGUAGGUACCGAGAAUAUCCAGUACAUGAACAGCUCAAGUAUUAACACUCAAUACUCAACUGUAAUCAAAACUAUUUAUUCUAAAACCACGUUGUUUCCCAUCACAGAAUCUGACGAAAAGAGUAUUAUAAAUUAUCCUAUAGUAACAUCAGAAGGACAUAGCAAUGUGCCAUCUUCUACCGGGGCAUCUGAAGAACAUGUUUUUGUUGCUUCUUCUACCAGAGUAGCCGAAGAAACUAACUUUAUCGAAUCAACUACUACAACUGUUGUUUCAAAUAGAGGUGAAGGAGGUAGCAGAACAAGUUUUUUACCUGGAAAUGAAGCUACAAAAGGGAUUGAAAACAAUAAUGGUGACAAGAGCAACAGUAAAAUAACUGUGUUUGGAAAAAUUACUACUGCAAAUGAAGGUAUCAGGUCUAUUGAUAGUGGAGUUAGUAAAAGUGGCAUCGCUGUACUUUCGUCGAGAGCUCCUUUAACAGCAGUCACUCAUGGUGGUGCCCCCACUGCCAAUCUGGUAAUAAAUAGUAAUGAUGCUAUUUCAGGUAUGAGUGUUAAUAUAUUCUUUACAUUUGUCAUAAUAUUUUUAUUAUAA